GUCUAAAAAAGUGACGCCACCGUAAUAGACUAGUGGGAGGAUUGGUUGAAGUUAGAAUUGUCAAAGGGAGGCUUGCCUGUGUUUUGUUCAAAAGAGAGAAUGGGAAGAAGCGAAACCAGGAGAGUUCACAGCUAGUCUUCUUGUUUGAUCAGAGGUUCAUCUCUCUUUGCUUAUCCCUCUUUUCCAUCUUAAUUUUUCUUGUUAUUGAAUGUUCUUUUACGUGCCAAUCAAUAAGGGAAUUAUCUUGAUACAUUCUUGAAAAUGAUGAGUGGUCACUAGUCAGCCUUAUGUAGCGUAUACUUGAUGGUUCAGAACUUCAGAUGAUUGUUCUACAGGGGGAGAUUGGUAGCACCAGAGAUUACUUUGUAUAGAAAUCAUGGAUAUUUUUCAAAUGGAAAGAUCAGGGUAUGGUUCAAAGAGGUUUCCAAAACUGGUGGUUUCGUUUUUGAUAGCUUUCUGUCUGUUAUACAUGGUGUCCAUGGUUUACAGAAGCUCGACUUUUGUUCUAAUUGGGGAAGUUGCCAAAGAUAAUGGCACAGGAGAAGUGGCGGAAAAUGUUACCACACCCUCAGAAUCGGAAGACAAACAUCCCUCUGGAACUGAGAGCAUGGUUGUUGAUAAAUUGCUUGGUGGGCUUCUGGCUACAGGAUUUGAUGAAGAAUCCUGCAUAAGCAGGUACCAAGCGACCUCGUAUCGCAAAACUUCACCUCAUAAGCCCUCUGCCUAUCUUGUUUCGAAACUGCGUAAAUAUGAAGAUCUUCAUAAGCGCUGCGGACCUAACACCGAAUCCUACAAAAGAGCUUUGAAGAAAUUGAGUUCUAGCCACAUCAAUGGCACUACAGACUGCAAUUACAUUGUUUGGACGCCUUCUAAUGGCUUGGGGAAUAGGAUAAUCAGCAUGGCUUCAUCAUUUCUUUAUGCGGUCCUCACAAACAGAGUCCUACUUGUUGAUCAUGGAACCGACAUGGCUGGUAUCUUUUGUGAGCCGUUCCCAAAUACAUCAUGGUUAUUGCCCAUGGAUUUUCCUCUCACGAAUCAAUUCUACAGCUUGCAACCAGGAAAUGCUCACAGUUAUGGGCACCUACUAAAGAUUAACAACAUGAACAUCUCAACCGUGUCGCAGCCGCCAUCAUUUCUGCAUAUUUAUUUAGCUUACAACUAUGAUAAACACGAUAAGCUUUUUUUCCAGGAUCAAAAUCAAGGUUUUCUCCAAAAAGUCCCUUGGUUGAUUCUGAAGUCAGACCAAUACUUUGUGCCUUACCUCUUCUUGAUCCCAUCUUUCCAGCAAGAACUAGGCAAACUGUUUCCUGAUAAAGAGACUGUUUUCCACCACUUGGUUCGCUAUCUUUUCCACCCUUCAAAUCAAGCCUGGGGACUAAUCACCAGAUUCUAUCGUGCUUACUUGGCCAGUGCAGAUCAGAAGAUUGGUCUUCAAGUGAGGGUAUUUGAUAGAAAAGCGAGUCCGGUUAAUGUUGUUCUGGAGCAGAUACUUGGCUGCAUUAAAAAGGAAAAACUGCUGCCUCAAGUAGAUGAGCAAAAACCUAUAGCUUCCCCAUCAAAAAACCAGACAUUAAGAGCUAUUACCAUAGCAUCAUUAUAUCCAGAAUACUACGAGAGAAUAAAGAGCAUGUAUUGGAUGAAGCCAACGGUAAAUGGAGAUGUUAUUGGUGUUUAUCAGCCAAGUCACGAAGAGGUUCAACAUUUUGGCAACAAUAUACACAAUAUGAAGGCAUGGGCUGAAAUAAGCAUCCUAAGUUUGAGUGAUAUUCUGGUGACUAGUUCUUGGUCUACUUUCGGGUAUGUAGCUCAAGGUCUAGGAGGAUUGAAGCCAUGGAUCCUAUACGUGCCUGCCGGAAACCAACCAACUGAUCAGCCUUGUCCACGAGGCAUGUCUAUGGAGCCAUGCUUUCAUUUUCCUCCUGAUUAUCACCGGAUUCCAAAUACCAGACAGCGACUUGAUACUGGCUCCCUUGUUCCUCAUGUCAGGCAGUGUGAGGAUGCAAGCAAGGGAAUAAAGCUGUUUAAUGCUAAGCAACUUUAGUAGCUGCUGUAAUUAUGAUUCAUUUUGUAACAAUCUGUUCAUUGUCAAUAUUUUGCUAUCAAAAUUCGAUUUUGCA